CCGCCCGAGAACCCCUUAGUAUAUAGAUCGACUGUCCAGCUUCGUCGUAAUCGUCAGUUGCUUUCUCACAGCCAGAGGAGAGCGCAACCCCAUUGUCGCCUUCGCUCCCUACUGUUCAAUUGCCCACUGGGGAUCGGUUCCUGUAGACUGCAUCAGUUUCGCUCGAUGGAGCAUUUCCUGGGGCUCUUGAGAAUCCAUGUUCGCAGAGGGGUGAAUCUCGCGAUCCGAGACGUCCGAAGCAGCGAUCCUUACGUCGUCAUCAGAAUGGGGAAACAGAAACUGAAGACUAAGGUAAUCAAGCAGAACACUAACCCGGAGUGGAACGACGAGCUAACUCUCUCGAUCACCGACCCGAGCCUCCCCGUGCAAGUGUUGGUGUACGACAAGGACAGGUUCAGCCUAGACGACAAGAUGGGGGAUGCGGAGUUCCACAUCGUGAAGUUCCUGGAAGCCCUGAGAGCACCCACGGACGGAAUCCCGAACGGGACCGUGAUCGCCAGAGUGCCGCCCAGCCGGGACAACUGCUUGGCCGAAGAGAGCUGCAUCGUGUGGAGCAACGGCAAGGCGGUCCAGGAGAUGGUCCUCCGGCUCCGCAACGUGGAGCGCGGCGAGGUCGAGCUGCAGCUUCAGUGGAUCGAUGUUCCUGGUUCUAGGGGCUUGUAGAAGUGGCCAGGUUUUGCUCUAUGUUCACAUGCUCUUGCUAAAUGAACAGAGGAUGGACCUUCACUGUAGACUCUGAUUAUUGAAUGAAGUUUCGUUUUUCUGCGAA